UCAUUCUUCACCCCCAGUUGUGGACUGGCUCGCCCAAUUUUCCGACCUCCCCCCCCCAUUUCUUCAAUUCCCUUUAUUCACUGUUCACUUCCCCCCAUUCUCCCUGCCCUUACCCCAACGGGUUAUCUCCUUCCCUUGUAAUCGCCCGCGAGAAAGAGUGACCCGCUAUCUCAGUGCGUGGAUCGCACUUUUUACCUCACAUGGACAACGCCGCCGACAGUGAUAUGCUCGUCGACGAAUAUGAGCAGUAUCACCAGGAUCGAACCGACGAUGUCGUCGUCUCCCGCUCCGGAUCGGACGAACCGGGGUCGGAGCCCUCCGCAGAUGACCAUGCAGCAAUGAUGGCUCGGAUUUUCCCGAAAGAUCCGGAUCUGGAAACCGAAGAUGAGACCUAUCACACAUGGCAUAUCCAGGAUUGGCGGAAGUUGAAGAAGAAGGAGCACGGCCCGGUCUUCCAGUGCGCGGGCUUCCCUUGGCGAAUCCUGUUCUUCCCCUACGGAAACCAUGUGGAGCAUGCCUCCUUUUACCUGGAGCAUGCUUGGGACGGCGAACCGCCGGCCAACUGGUACGCCUGUGUGCAGUUUGCACUCGUCCUGUCCAAUGUGAACGAUCCCUCCAUCUACGUUCAUCACGUCGCGACCCAUCGGUUCCAUGCGGAGGAGGGAGAUUGGGGCUUCACCAGAUUCUGCGAACUGCACCGGCUGUUCAGCCGACCGUGGGAAGGCCGUGGCGUGCCCCUCGUGCAGAACGACGAAGCCAAGAUUACAGCCUACGUGCGCGUGGUUAAGGACCCGACGGGUGUCUUAUGGCACAACUUCCAGAAUUACGACUCGAAGAAGGAGACUGGCCUGGUGGGUCUGAAGAACCAAGGUGCUACAUGCUACCUCAAUUCGCUUCUGCAGUCUCUGUAUUUCACCAACCGCUUCCGCAAGGCCGUUUACCAGAUCCCAACCGAGGCGGAAGCCUCGCGCGACAAUAGCGCUUGGACGCUCCAGAGGUUGUUCUUCAACCUCCAAACCAGCGAGACUUCGGUGUCCACCACGGAGCUGACCGCAUCUUUUGGAUGGGAAUCGAGGCAGAUCUUCGAACAGCAGGAUGUCCAGGAAUUGUCGCGGAAGCUCAUGGAGAGACUGGAGGAGAGGAUGAAAGGCACCCCGGCCGAGAAGGCGCUACCCGAACUCUUCGUGGGCAAAACCAAGACCUACAUCUCCUGCAUCGACGUUGACUACGAGUCGUCGCGUGUGGAAGAUUUCUGGGAUAUCCAGCUGAACGUCCGCGGCAACAAGACUCUCGAUGACAGUUUCAAAGACUACAUCCAAGUCGAGACCCUCGAAGGGGAGAACAAGUACGAUGCGGGUCAGCCGUAUGGUCUACAGGAUGCCAAGAAGGGUGUCAUCUUCGAGAGCUUCCCCCCGGUCUUGCACCUUCAUCUGAAGCGCUUCGAGUACGACAUCAACCGCGAUGCUAUGAUGAAGAUUAACGACCGUCACGCCUUUCCUAUGGAGUUUGAUGCCACCCCCUACCUUUCAAACGAUGCCGACAAAUCCGAGCCCUGGAUUUACGAGCUGCACGGUGUGCUGGUUCACAGCGGUGAUCUCAAUGCCGGCCACUAUUACGCUUUCCUCAAGCCGACCAAGGACGGAUUCUGGUACAAAUUCGACGAUGACCGCGUGACGCGGGCCACGGACAAAGAGGUGCUUGAGGAGAACUACGGAGGCGAAUAUGAGCUGACCAACGGAGCGGCCGGAGUCCGACAACCAUACACUCGCGGCUUGUCCACGAAACGCUCGAUGAACGCCUACAUGCUGGUCUACAUCCGUAAGACCAGACUGGACGAUGUGCUUGUGCCCAUCACCAAGGAGGAUGUCCCUUCUCAUAUCGAAAAGCGUCUCGUAGAGGACCGGGCCGAGCAGCUUCGUCGCAAGAAAGAGCGGGAGGAGGCCCACCUGUACAUCAACGUCGGAGUCUUGACGCAGGAAUCUUUCCAGUCUCAUCACGGAUUUGAUUUGACCAGCAAUGACUUGCCCGCCAGCGAUCCUGCCGUCCCGACGCAGUACAAGGCACUACGGGCCCAGAAGGUCGGCGAAUUUGCAGAGCAGCUUGCCGAAGAGAGGGGCCUCAAUCCAAGCCACAUCCGCUUCUGGGUCAUGGUGAACCGCCAGAACAAGACCACCCGCCCUGACCAAGUCAUACCGGAUCCCAAAAUGACUCUUGAGGACGCCUACAACCGUUUCAGCACCAAGGGGAAUCCCUUCAAGGUGUACAUGGAGGUUGGCAAGCCAUCGGCCGACGGAACCGUGGCUUGGCCUGAUGGCAAAGAAUCGAUACUGGUCUUCCUCAAGCACUUCGAUGCUCCCUCGCAAACCCUCACCGGCGUGGGCCCCGUUUAUGUCCGCAGGACGCAAAAAGUGAGCGAGCUUGCUCCCGUCAUUCUCGAACGCAUGGGCUGGCCCGCCGGCACUGAAUUUAUGCUAUACGAGGAGAUCAAGCAUAAUAUGAUUGAUGUCAUGAAGCCGAAGCAAACCUUCCAGCAGUCGGAGAUUCAGGAUGGUGACAUUAUCACCUUCCAGAAGCAGAUCAAGGAGUCUGAAUUGCCGGCGACCGCCCUGUACACCGAUGCGAAGCAGUUUUACGACUACCUACUGAACAAGAUCACCGUUACUUUUGCUCCGCUCAAGUCGGAGGAGGGCGAAGAGUUCAACCUCACUCUGAGUCGGAAGAUGACCUAUGAUCAGUUUUCGAAGAAGGUCGGCGAGCAUCUGAAUGUGGAGCCCACGCACAUUCGCUUUGCGCCGGUCCUCGCCAGCACCGGCAAGCCCAAACAGUUCAUUAAGCGAAACCCUAACCAGAACAACCAAACUCUGUACCACAUCCUGAGUGGGCAAAUGUCCACCUAUGGCUACAGCAUGCAUCGCCAGGACGCCCUGUAUUACGAGGUGCUGGAAACAAGCCUGAGCGAUUACGAGUCGAAGACUUGUCUCAAGGUCACGUGGCUUCCGGAAGGUAUCACGAAAGAGCAAGUUGUGGAGGUCCUUGUUCCCCGGGAUGGGACCAUUGCCGACGUCAUUGCCGGUGUGCAGAAGAAGGCCAACCUGGAAGACAAUGCAGACAUCCGGGUAUAUGAGUCCCAUGGCGGCAAGAUCUACCGGGAGUUCCAGCCUGACUCAAAGAUUGCGGGCAUCAACGAAUUCGUGACGCUCUAUGCCGAGAAAUACCCCGAAGAGGAGCUCAGCAUGCAAGAGGGUGAGCGGACGAUUAAUGUGUUCAACUUCGAUCGUGACGUCAGCCGACCGCAUGGUGUGCCCUUCAAGUUUGUCAUGAAGCCUGGCGAAAUCUUCAAGCAGACCAAGGAACGCCUAUCGAAACGAACGGGGAUCAAGGGCAAGCAGUUUGAGAAAAUCAAGUUUGCUGUGCCUCAGAACAUGUACACCAAAGUACAAUACCUUGAAGACGAUGAUAUCCUUUCCGACAUCAUCGGCGACUCGGACGACCUUCUGGGUCUUGACCAUGUAAAUAAGAACCGCAGCUUUUGGAGCCGGAGCGAGUCAUUCUUCAUUCGAUAGAUAUAGGGCUUGUUUUGACGGUUGUGUUUGUAUUCGCCCGAUAUUGCUGGACAGACUUGCGAUCAGAUGCCUGACCAGCAGACCUGGUUGCGAAGAGAGCAGUAAGUCUUUAUGUUAUAUGCUACGGACUGGAUGUGCGGUGGCGGUCUUGUUGUCUACAACUAGUUCUUUGUAGAGGGCGGGCCUAGCAGUUAUAGCAGCCAUUGCCUGGUGGCUCUUUCGCGCGAGAUGAGUUAUGUAUGACUUAAUUGACAAUUGUGUGCAUUUAACA